UUGUACCGCUGUUUCCCAUGUUAACGCGUCUGUCCAAACUUGUUAAUGAAAGAAACUGGAUAUAUCAGUUGUUAAAAGGAAUACUGCGACUUUCGAUAUGGUGGUGAAGAAAAAGACUCCCAAAGUUGAAGCUGUGGUCUUGGACGAUGCUAAACUUGAAAGAUUACAGAAUUCCUUAGCUGCUGAGGGAGAUGACACAGCCAGGGAGCUCGCCCAGGAGCUGUUGGCGUGUCUGGCCUCAACUGACCCUGUCCAGCAGAUCCAGUUGAUCAAGAAGGCCGGUGAUGUAUUGGAGGGCAUUCCAAAGCCAGAUGACAACCGAUCGUCAUCUCCUCUUCUGUUGGCCAGCGUGGAGGCCCUGUGUGUGAUGUUCAUGUCUGUGGAGUCCAAGAACCCCUUGAAAAGGGCCGCUGCCAGUGCUUUGAGAUCUGUUCCAGAAUGGUUGCAAGAGAAGGCAGCUGUGUGUCUGUCUGAGUGUCUGUCUGGCGGCCUCUCCUCACUGGGGUUAGAACACUACACACGGCUCACGGACACAAUCACAGCCUGUCUGGAUGGGGUUCCGAUAGGUGAGAAGGGUGUUCAGAUUUUGCAGACAGAAGUGCUUCAUUUCUUCCACAAAGCCUUGUGUGAAUACCUGCAUCAGAACAGGUCCCUCUCGGGGCAGCACGUGGCCCAAGCCCAGCUCAUGCACUCCUGCCUGGGGGCAGUGAAGGCCUCCAUGCUGGUGCUACAGAGGACCCAGGAGCUGCUGGUCACCAUGCUGAAGACCAUGACACCAGAGUGUCCACUCCAGCUGGCCCUGAGUGGGCUGAUGUCCUGCUACACACAGAUCCUCACUGAUGAGGAGUUUGUGCAGUCGGUGCAGAGCACAGCAGGGAUGGCCGUGGUGCUGCUCAUCAGAUGUGUGAUGCAGAGCGAAGAGGAUGUAGCCAAAGAGGUUACAGGUCUCCUGCAGUGCAGACAGCAGCAGCAGCAUGGCCCUGGUAGUGUCUCCCCCUCCUGGCUGAGGGAGAGCUGCGUGGGCCUGUACGACUCUGGCCGCCCGGCAGCACUGGUCCUGUUCCUGUGCCACGGGGCGCUGGCCAUGCUCAGCUGGAGGGGCCGCAGCCCGGGCACGCAGGCAGAAGCCCUGCUGCUCUCUGUCCCCCACGCCAUACUGGAGCUGGACUCCAGUGUGAAAGAGUCCAGCACUGCCAUGGUAGUGGCGCGCAUGCUGACGCUCUGGAGCGCCACUGCCCUGGACAUCCUCCAGGGGCCGACGAGACCCCCUGCCGUCCUCUGCUCUGCCGUGCGGGGAGACGCUCCGCUGCCCUCCCGCCUCCUGGAGCACGUCUACGCCCACUGGGAGCACCCGCUGGACGGCGUACGCCACCAGACACGCUCUCUCUUCCGGAACCUUCUGUUGCUCCAUCAGGCCUCCUCGGCAACCGUCGGGGAAGAUGGCCGCCCUGAUGAUUCAUCCUCGCCCUUGACCGCCGACCCUUACAUUGCCCACUUGACGCGUGGUCUCCUGGCGCUGGAGUGGCACAUGCGUGGCAAGUACGGCUCCCUCUCGUGCCUGGUGGAGCUCCUGGGCGCUGGGUACCUGUUGGCGCUCGAGCCUGGACUGCCCGCCAGCCUGCUCGGCCUCAUGGGAGACCAGACUCUGGCGCCGUACGCCAGCGAGCUGCUGGAGAGGCUGUUUGUGAGCCACAAGGCCCAGCUGAGCGGAGGGCAGGCAGGGGAGACGACGUCAGGAGAGGCGGAGGGUGUGGAGGGCUGGAUGGAGGAGUGGCAUCGCACCUGGGUGCGCCCCCUGCUGGUGGUGCUGUGUAAGGCCCGGCUGGACCAGACCACCUACAUCCUGGACUACUUCCUGCCCAGGCUGCUGCGCUGCAACCCGGCCAGUCUGGGUCACAUGGUACAAGCCCUGCAGGAGGGCCCGCCCGCUGCCACAGGAUCGUCCGGCAGUCGUGGGGCGGUGGGGGCCCUGAUGACGUGUCUGCGAGCAGCCCGUGCCCAGGGGGUGUUGAAGCCUACGGAGGACGCACUGUGGGGAGGACUAGUGCCCCUCCCUUUACUCAGACACGGCCUGCUGCACAAGCACGACCAGGUGCGCAUGGACACACUGGGCCUGGUGUGUGAGAGUCAUCGCAGCACGGAGACCAUCUCCCCACAGGAAGUGGACCUCAUCCAACACUUCCUGCCCAGUAACCUCAACACCCAAUCACCAGGGGUCCGCCAGCAGACCGUCAGCCUCAUCAAGAAGCUUUUAUGUCGGUUAAAGGACAGUGCUCAGCUGCUUCAGAAAAGAGCAAGUCAGGACAAAGACCCUCAGCAAAAGCUGACUGACCAACACACACUACAAUCAUACAAGGAGUUCCUGAGCUGGUUCUGUGAGACUCUGUUUGGGUCGUUGGCUGUGGGGGUGUCUUUCUCCACCUCACUCACAGCUCUUCAUCUGCUGACACUGGUGGCCGAACACUUUUCCUUCUCCACAGGCCCUGAUGGCUUUGCUCUGGGCGAGUGUGUGAGUGAGGUCCAUGCCGAUGCUGUGCUCUACUGUACAGCCAAUAACUUCCUGGAGGUCAAGCAGCUGGCCUCUUGUCUCCUUCGGAAGCUCCCAAUGAAAGUGGUCCGUUUAGAGGACCCUGCUCGACUGAGCUCAUUGUUGGAGGCCGCCCUGGCCCUCAGCACCAGCACGCGGCCCUUUGACAGCGUCUCGGCUGCCCACCUCCUCAAUCUGCUGGCGCACCAGCCCUGCCUGAGGCCGGCGCUCGUCCUCUCUGCCCAGCAUCAGGGCUUCCAGCUUCAGCCGCCGCAACCGGGCGAGACCCAGGCUUCGGAGCAGGCCUCCACCACACUGGAGAAGAACACAUUGACUUUGAUCAAGUUCUUGCUGGAGUGUUUGAAGGCGGAGGUUACCCAGGCAGAGCAGUCUCUACUGCAGGCUGCUGCUGCAUAUCCCCUGUAUGGGAGAGCCCACUGCAUCACAGCAGCCCUUCAGCAGCUUGACACAGGGUCUCUGGUGCUGGCAGGUGAGUGGAGAGCUCUGGUGCCUGAGUUGAUAAGCGUGUGCUACCGCAUGUCUGACGUGGUGUCACCGGUGGUUCAAAGCUCCUCUCCCGAGGGCCUUAUCCCCAUGGAUACAGACGCAGUGGAAGCAUCGGCUGGUCUUCAGAGGAUCCUUCAAGAGAUUCAGCCCAGAGACACCAAUGACUUCUUCAAUGACUCUCGACAACUAGACACACACGCAGAGGAAACGCACACAGCAGAGGGGCCUGUGCAAGAGAAGACUAAAGGUUCUUGUGGCGAAGCGUACCGGGUGACGGCCCAGAUGGUGCUGGUCUGCUGCUGGCGGACCAUGAAGGAGGUGUCCAUGCUGCUGGGGGAACUCUGCCAGAGCCUGCCCUUACACACACACACCAAGCAGGGCCUCAUCACCGAGGAACAGGUGGAAGGUGUGGGCCAGUACUUCCGUGAGCAGCUUCUGCAGUCUCGCCAUCGAGGGGCCUUUGAGUUGGCCUAUGUGGGCUUUGUGCGCCUAACAGACAUGCUCUGCAGGAGUGGCAGUAAGACCCUACAGCAGCUGCCUGCCCAUUGGCUGAGGGAGGUCCUCGCGGAGGUCCGCACCAGCGACCCCUCCUCCAAGCUCUGUGCUACGCGCCGCAGCGCUGGAAUUCCCUUCUACAUCCAGGCUCUGCUGUCGUCUGAGCCCAAGUCCUCCAGCUGCAGCCUGUUGAAGAUGACCAUGAAGGAGCUGACUGCUCUGGCCAUGCCCACCAAGGGGGUCGCCACGGACUCCAGUACAGUACCACAGGUGCACGCUCUGAACAUCCUGAGGGCCCUGUACCGCGACACCCGGCUGGGGGAGAACAUCGUGCCCUUUGUGGCUGAAGGGCUGCAGGCUGCCGUACUGGGCUUCACCUCACCCAUAUGGGCCGUCAGGAACUCCUCCACUCUUCUCUUCAGCACAUUGAUCACUCGCAUCUUUGGCGUGAAGAAAGGCAAAGACGAGCACUCCAAGAAAAACAGGAUGACUGGCAGGGAGUUCUUCACUCGUUUCCCAGCGCUCUACCCUUUCCUCCUCAUUCAGCUGGAGGAGGCUGCCAGCUCUGUGGACAGUGACUCGGGCCAGGUGAAGCUGCACCCCAGCCUGUUCCUGCUGCUGCUGGUGCUGGGCCGCCUGUACCCCUCCCCCAUGGACGGCUCCACCUCCCCCCUGGGCCUCGCCGCAUUCAUGCCCUUCAUCAUCAGAUGUGGAUGCAGCGCGGUCUACCGCACGCGGGAGAUGGCCGCUCGCGCCCUCGUGCCCUUCGUCCUGCUCACCCAGAUCCCGGCCACCGUCCAGGACCUUCUGGAACAGCUGCCCUUGCAGCCCGGCACCAGGACCCAGCAGAACCACAUCCAUGGCACCCUCCUGCAGGUGCUGUUCCUGCUCCGCUCCUACCAGGCGGACUCCCUGAAGCCCCAGCUGGGAGCAGACAUCACACACACCCUGCACCAGAGGCUCUGGCUAGCCAGCAGGCGAAACCCAUGUCUGGUGACCCGCGCUGUGUGUUUGGACCUAUUGGGCUGUGUGUGCUCACCCGACUCUGGUUUUCAAGAUGACGCUCAGCUACAGUCUCUCCAUAAUGACAUCAUCUCCCUGCUCCUGACCUCUGAGCUGGCGAUGACCCCUGGUAGUCAUGGAGACGACCCCCGAUGCUCCCUCUCGGUACCCGGGUUCGUUCAGUACCUGCAGAGCCUGGCCCGCCUGGCCUCCAGCGUCUGCCUGACGCCUGGCGUGACGAUAAAGGACCCCCAAAGCUCCCAGCUCUUUAGGUGUCUCCUGCAGUGCCCGUAUUACGAGGUGCGAGAGCUGGCCCUGGAGGCCCAGCUGAAGAUGAUGAUGAUGAAGGCGGAGGAGGAAGAGGAGGCGGAGGGCAACAAGGACAGGGCGUUGACCUUUGACCCUUACACACAAACUCUCUGUAGAAUGGUGAUGGAGGAGACGCACUUGCCAUGCUUGGCCAAGGUGCUGCAGGUUCUGUCCAUUCUCCCUGUCUCGUCUCUGCUGUCGUUAUCAGAUGUCCACCCUAUGCCCCCUGAGCCCUUGCUACCGCUCCUGCAGCACAUUCUCAGCCUGGCCCAGGACAACACACACAGUGUGGAUCUAUACUGUGCCUCCCUUAAGAUGGCUUCCGGCCUGGUCAACCACCUGAUAGAGAACACAUCACAGGAGCUGCAGGCCUCUGCAGUGGCCAGCCUGGGCCUGUGGGUGGCGCUGGUGAGGCAGGGUUGUGCUGAGGACCAACCCACUGAAGUCAAGCUCAUCACCGCUCAUGUACUGACGGAGACCACAGCCUGCUUGCUGACCAACCACUCCUUGCCGCUCGGUAUAACCCACACGUUGGCGUUGUGGCAGUCCCUCUUCACGCUGCUGCAGGAUGAGGAGCAGGAGGUUCGAGACCGGGCCUCACACUGCAUCUGCAACACCCCACAAGACCAGCUCAGGGCUCUGCAGCCAGAUGUGGCGGUGGGGGCCGUGUGCCCGCCGGUGGCACUCCGUCUGGGCCUGGCACUCCUCUGCCGUCUGCUGCCAGUGUGGGGCCAGGUGGGCACGGGCACAGCCACACUGCUGGACUGGCUACUGGGAGACUGCACGCUGGAUGCUGCAUCGCAGGAUAGCGGCCAAGUGGAUGAAGAGUUCCUCUUUGAGAAGGGCGAUCUAAACCUAUGGGCAGAGCCUCUUCAGUGGGCACGGCUGUUGCACCAGCACCUCAGCGUGUUGGCUCAGACGGCCGUGCCGGGCGCCGCCAGCAUCCCCACCGUUGAGAUGCACAGGCUAGAGGAGCGGGCACAGGCGCAGGCUCGGGCGUCGGAGCAGGCGUUGGGGGCGCUGCCCGCCCUGCCGCAGUUUUCCGCCGCCCUGGAGCACGCCAGGCUGGCUGUCCAGAGAGAGCGGGCAGCCCUGGCACUUGGAGUUCUGAAGACACUACAGGGCCAUGCAGCCUCCAGUUAGGGGCCCCACCACACCUGAUGAUAGGUGGUCACUGAUGGACAACCUGGAUUCACAAGCUACAAUCCAAUGCCACAUAUUCCAAAUUGCCUGGUUUUACCUUUAAAGAAAAAACAGGGUAAAUCACUGCACACUGGUCUUCUUUGAUUUACUGAAAGUUAAUUUUGAUGAACAGCGCUUUUUGCUGUGUCUUUACAAGAUAAACUUCCAAUAAAUCAAAGAGGACCAGUGUGCAGUGAUUUACAUUGUUUUUUUGGAUUACUUUAACUCGCAGAUGGGCAAAUUUCAGGCCCGUGGGCUUGGGCCACAUGAACCUUAUAAGAAAGACAACCUCUAAAUUCCAAGUGAUACUCUUACCCAACAUUCUUUAAAAUGCAUAAUGGUUUCAUUAUCUGCGGAGGUGGUUUAGGCCCCAACAGGCAUAGCUAGUGGGUUUGGCCAGUGCUCCACAUAGAUGGCAAGCCGUCUACUAGAAAAGCCCUAUAGCUUUGUGUUAUUAGGAGAAGAAAGCCAAAAGACUCCUGUGUUUGGCGGUUUACACCCCUGUUCCGAGUUAAACUGCCCAUGAAUGAACCUUUUCUGGAAAACCUGCCCGGACUACAUUGCUGGACAUAAUCAUGCUUCGCAGAAAGGCAAUCAGAUCGAUACAUUACAUUCAUCUUGUCUUAAUGUACUUUCGCACACUUACAGCAGACAUUUUACAUACCAAGUUGAACAGACGACUCGUAUGCCUUCUGUAUCAAAGAUGAAGAAAAUACUUUUUUUCAUUUCAAUUUUAUUCAUUUUACACCUUUUUAAUCAUAAACAUUCUUUGUAUAUUUCUUUUAAAGUGUCUUUAAGAAGUGCAAUAAAUGCUAUGAUCCUCA